GCGGGAUGAACGGCAUCUGACAUGUCUGACAGAACUUUGUUGUGAACUUUUGUUCCAUGGAGGCUGUCAAGUUUACAGCUCCAAUACUACACGACAAGUCGAGUCGACAUGCAAGACACGGACAAGCUUUGCGACGAAUACGCCCACGGACCAUCUCGGCCGUGCAGCUGACAGCAGCAGAGUUUCAGACAUCUCCAAUCGCGGCCAGUCUCCGGCAGUGGCUCACUGGCCCCGGUGCUCCAACUGCUAAAAAAGCAGCUGUCAACAAGCGGGAAAAGCGGACCCGUUCCAAGUUUUGCCCCUGGUGCGAACUAAGAUUGUGACGGAUUCCAUCAUUUUUACUGACAGCCUCUGCACUUGCAUCCUUCUUUGGACUUUCUCCCCUGAAGGACGCCUGGCAAAGGUUAAUGGCGAUCCCUGUCAUGCAGACAAUAUAAGUAGAUUGCGCGCCCUACUCUAUCUCGACCUCCAGAGUUCAGGGUCCUGUCCAGCUCUCAUCGACUCCAUCGACUAGAUCAGACCACAAUCCAUUCUCAAGCAGGCGGCUCUGCAGAAUGGUCACCUUUCCCAUCGAGACGCACGCCCAGCGCGCAGUGCUGGGUGUCGCCUUUACCUUUUCGAUCCUGGCCGUCGUCGCCGUGUGCCUCCGCCUGCUGGCUCACGCAAUCGCACACAAGAAGUGGACGCCCAGCGACUACUUUAUCAUCGCCGCCUGCAUCUUUGGCGUCGGCCUGCAAUCAAUAAGCAUAACAGGCGUAAUCCAAGCCGGCAUUGGCUUCGACCACACAGCCGCAAUCGCCGCGAACCCAGCAUACGGCCCUGAGCCCAUCACAAAACUCCUCCAGCUCAUCAUCCCGCUGCAAUUCCUCUGGGUCCUCAGUCUCAGCUGCACCAAGAUCUCCAUUCUCUUCCUGUACCUACGCAUCUUCCCGGUCCGCUGGCUGGUCUGGAGUUCUUGGGUGACGAUCAGCGUAAUCGUUGCGUGGGCCAUCGCGACGAUUCUCGCCGGGUGUCUGAUCUGUCGGCCGUUUGCGUUUAACUGGGACCAGACGAUUCCCGGGGGGAAGUGCGGAAAUCAGGUUACGAGUUUUACCGUCACGGGCGUGAUUAACCUUGUGACGGACUUUAUCGUGCUCGUGCUGCCCAUGCCGUCGUUGUAUCGCCUGCAGAUGGCGACGUAUAAGAAGGCGACCCUUAUUGCUGUUUUCGGGUUGGGUGUUGUGACCUGCGUAAUCUCCGCCCUCCGCAUCUCCGUCCUCAGCACAAUGGACUUCACCGACAUCACAUACUCGAUCCCGCGCGCAAACAUCUUCUCCGGCAUCGAGCCCUGCCUCGCCGUGAUCCUCGCCUCAAUCCCCAUGAUGCGCCCGCUCCUCGGCCGCACGUCCACAACGCCCAACGCAACGGGCCGGACCCCGAUCUCGUCAUCGAACAAGCGAUCCGGCGUCGGCGCCAAAGGGUCAAAUGGAACGGGCGAGCACGACGACGGGUUCGAGCGUCUCGAUGACGAUACGAGCCAGCUGUGGCUCAGGCCCAUGGGCCCGAAGCACUAUGCGGGGAUUUCCGUGCGGCAUGACAAGGAUCGAGACGCGCUGGGGGACGUCAGUGGCGGGAGUUUGGAGAGCCUCGAGCAGGGCACCGGGGGUGUGGCGGGCAGGGAGAGGAGUACAAGUGGUGGACAGGGGAUCACCGUCAAGCAGGAGUGGGCGGUUGAGGAGAGGCGGGCGCGGUGAUGGAUGCAGUAGAUGCAGUAGAUGCACUUUCUGCCAUGUUUCUUUUGUUCAGCGCAAGCGGGGUGUUUAUGACUGUAGACUAUGAAUGAAUUCAAAAGUAUCUCGAGCCAUGUCUAUAACCACAUGUUACUCUGUUGUACAGUUGCCAGUUGAGUUUAAAGGCCCUGCACCGUGUUAUCCCUGGACCAUGCAAGUGUGAAACCCACAACUGAACCCUGUCUAACUUGGUCUCAGCCCUACGCGGGCUUGACCCACGAGACGACAGUAGCAUGCAUAUGUAC